CUUUGUUGCGGCUGUUUGGGUCUUUCUUCUGGUUUGACGAGUCAUCAAGUGAAAUAUUAAGAAGUCACUCUAAGAUGGCCAGGCUCACAGUUGUAGCAGGUUUGUGUCUGGUGAUGAGCCAGCUGGGAUCUGCCAGCAGGAUGGAGUGCUACUUCACCAACUGGUCCCAGUACAGGCCUGGAGAUGGAAAGUUUCUGCCACAAAAUGUGGACCCUUUCCUAUGCACCACCCUCAUCUAUGCAUUCUCCAUCAUCAACUACAACAAUGAGCUGGUUACCUACGAGUGGAAUGACGACGUCCUCUACAAGUCUUUCAAUGAUCUGAAGACCAAGAAUCCCCACCUGAAGACUCUCUUGGCCGUUGGUGGAUGGAACUUUGGGUCAACACAGUUCUCCAUCACAGUUUCUACUGCAGCUAAUCGUCAGAAGUUCAUCCAGUCUACUAUCAGAUUUCUGAGGACUCAUGGAUUUGACGGUCUGGAUUUGGACUGGGAGUACCCUGGAUCCCGUGGAAGUCCUCCUGAGGACAAACAGAGGUUUACUCUGCUCUGCAGGGAACUUGUUGCUGCCUUUGCAGCUGAAGCCCAAGCUACCGGCAAUCCCCAGCUCAUGCUAACUGCUGCUGUUGCUGCUGGAAAAGGAACCAUUGAUGCUGGAUAUGAGAUCGCUGAGAUAGCCAAAGAAUUAGAUUUCAUCAAUAUAAUGACCUACGACUUCCAUGGAACUUGGGAGCAAUUCACUGGACACAACAGCCCUUUGUACCGUGGAUCUCAGGACUUUGGUGACCUUAUCUAUUUCAACAUUGACUAUGCCAUGAAAUAUUGGAGAGACAAUGGCACCCCACUGGAGAAGCUGAGGAUGGGAUUUGCAUCUUAUGGUCGUACCUUCCGCCUGACAUCAUCAAACACUGGUGUUGGUGCUCCAGCUAGCGGCCCAGCAUCAGCUGGUCCAUACACCCGUGAAGCUGGAUUCUGGUCUUAUUAUGAGAUCUGUACCUUUGUGAAAGGCAGCACCAUUAACUGGAUUGAAGACCAGAAAGUCCCCUAUGCUUUCAAAAACAAUGAGUGGGUAGGAUUUGACAACAAGGAGAGCUAUGAAACCAAGGUACGUUACCUGAAAGAUCAGAAGUUUGGCGGGGCCUUUGUGUGGGCUCUUGAUUUGGAUGACUUUGCAGGAAAAUUCUGCGGGGAGGGUCCCCAUCCUCUGCUCUCUCAUCUGCGCAACCUUCUUGAAAUUGAGCUUCCCCCACUACCCUCAACCACCACCCCAAAACCUGGAGCGAGCACCACUUCCCCACCCAGCACCACCACCACUACUACCCAUGCCCCAGGAACUGGAUUCUGCAAUGGGAAACCUGAUGGCUUAUAUCCCCACCCAGAUGACAAAGCCAGCUUCUACAUGUGUUCUGGUGGCAACACCCACGUGGGGCAGUGUGGAGCUGGAUCUGUCUUUGAUGACAACUGCAAAUGCUGUAACUGGCCUUGAGCCUGGAGCAGAGGCAUUGUGUAUUACAUCUGGUGCCAACAUCAUCUAUUAAAGGGACUAAAGUGUAUCAGUGUAUCCUCUAUCUACACAUUCAUUCAUUCACCUAUAUAACUCGGGUCCUUGGAUACAUAGAUAGAGUUGCCAUAAACAGGGUAUAACCCGCGUCAUCAAAAAUGAAGGCCUCAGUUCAGACAUCAUCAGCCUAAUAGUGAUUUUGUCUCGUACAAAAAGCAAAUAAAACAAAAAUAAUGUCACAGUGGUCACCUCAGCUUUGAAUAAAGUGUUAAUUACUGCUUAGAGUUUCUAACCUUGCAAAAUGCACUAUAUUGCCAAAAUUAUUUUCUUUUCUGCUUUCACAUGCAUAGAAGUUUAAUACAAUGCUGACCCACCCGUUGCAGCUAUAAAACCUUCAACCCUUCUGGGAGUGUUAGUAGUGUAUUUAUGGUAACUUUUCACUAUUUCUCUCGAAGCACAUUUGUGAGGUCAGACACUGUGGGAUAAGAAGCUCUGCUCUAAUUCAAUCCAAAACUGUUCUAUCGGGUUGUAGACAGGACUCUUUGUAGUUCAGUAAGAUUCUUCCACACGAAAUUUGCUCAACCAUGUCUUUAUGAACCUUACUUGGUUCACUGGUGCAAAGUUAUGUUGAAACUGGAAGGUACGGUGGCCAUGAGAGGCCAAAUGGACUGCAACUUUAGAAAACACCAGCAAACAGAAAAACGCUGCAAAAGGACACAUAAACACCAAAACAUGCUAAGCAUUGCUCUGGGAGACACUUAAAAGAAGUGGAGAAUUUUUCAGAUUUGUGAGGAAUGAAAAUACUAUAGAUAUAGGUUUGCUAUUAGAUGUUCACUAUUAGCCUGAAAAUCUGUCAUCUGUUGAAACACACAUGAGGGUUUAUAUGACUGCUGUUUUGCUUUAGGUGAAAUAAACAACUAAACUCAGA